AUGACGCUGAACCACACGUGCAGUCACUUCUGGCUAGUAGACGACUUCACACGCUGUUCGAGGCAUGACGUAUUGGAGAAGGCUGUCCCGACGACGUUGGUCGCCGUGUCGGCCUUGUUCCUUCUAUACUACCUUGUGCAGCACAGCGUACUGUCCAGGAGCUCGGCGCCGCUGGCGCUGAAGCUCGAUGCAGAUGAGUCCGGCCGUGCCGAAGCGGGCCGGGCAGCCACGGGUGCUGCCAACUACGACGACCACAACGGUGGCAGCGGCGACACCAGCGGCGACGCCACCGAGAGUCGGUCCUCCACCGUAGCUAAUAUCAUUGACAGACACUUCGACAUCAAGUACUUGACGUUAAACUCGGACGGACACCCUAAGGUCACCACAAAGGUCGUAUUCCGGUCCCACCUCGAGAGAACGCUGCUGGUCCUCCAGGAGCUCAUUCUCCUCUUCCAGACGGCCCUCUCCACUGCGCCCUUCUUCGUCGACGACUUGGCCGCCGAGUGGGACUCCGCCGCUGUGCCGCUCGUCAGACUCGGCUUCUGGGCCUACCUGCUGCUUUUGACCACUGUCAGGCUCGUCAAUUCUUCGACCGGGCUUCCGCUGCAGUACCCAAACCUAUGGUACCACACCUUCAACCUGGUGUGCUUCUACCUCUCCGAUUCGUUCUUUCUCUUCCGGUCGGCCCUGUUGCAUCACACGCUUAGCACUCUUGCGGAGAAAUUCUACAUUGUCGAAUUCAUCUCCGUCUCCUUAUUAUUCCUUAUCCAAGCCAAUGACCAUUUCUCCGACAGACCCGUCACGGUCUACCUCUCGGAAGGUUUGACGCCUUCCGAUGAGUCCCAGUCCAGCUUCUUUAGCAUCAUCAGUUUCUCGUGGGUCGGGCCGAUGAUCACCAGUGCUCAGAAGGUCCUUCCUAAACUCGAAGAUAUCUGGAGUUUGAAAUUAGAAGAUAAUGCCUACCCAACCAUCUUGAAAUUCCACAGAGUGAAAUGGCACAGGAGGUUCUCUGUCAACUUGUUCUAUCAGUUCCGCAGACUUUUCUUCUACCAAUCCGUCAUUACCUCGCUCGAAGCUGUCCUGAUGUUCUUUCCUUCAAUGCUCUUAAAGAAAAUCCUUGAGUACGUGGAAUCGCCAGAAACGGAGUCAACCAGUCUUGCAUGGUUGUUUGUCAUCUUGAUGGUCUUCAGUUCCCCUAUCACUGCGGCACUUUCAGGUCGUAGUUUGUUCUUGGGAAGAAGAAUUUGUACCAGAAUGAGAGCAAUCAUCAUUGGCGAAGUUUACUCAAAGGCCUUGAAGAGAAGGGUUUCUAGCUUUACAGAAGGGAAGGAAAAUGAAGAAGAUACAGAUGCAACAACCUCCCCUGCUUUGACAAAGAAGAAGGAGACUCGUGAGUUGGGCUCUAUCAUCAACUUGAUUGCAGUCGAUGCCUUCAAAGUCUCGGAAAUUUGCGCCUACUUGUAUUACUUUGUCAAUUCCUUUGUCAUGACGAUUAUCGCUAUUACAAUCCUAUACUCUUUGUUGGGCUGGGCAGCACUAGCUGGUGCCUCGACCAUCAUCCUCAUGAUGCCCCUUAACUAUAAAUUAAGUCUUUUGUUGGGUGACUACCAAAAGGAAAUGCUUGCAGUCACCGAUAAAAGAAUCCAAAAGUUGAACGAGACUUUCCAAAAUAUCAGAAUUAUCAAGUACUUUGCCUGGGAAUCCAAGUUUGCAGAACAAAUUUUGAGUGUCAGAAAAGAAGAACUAAGUAUCUUAUGGAAACGUUGCGUUGUUUGGAUUUUGGCAUCCUUCGUCUGGUACGUCACUCCGACAGUAGUCUGUUUGGUCGCCUUCUAUUGCUACACCAUUGUCGAAGGUAAGGCUUUGACUACUCCGAUCGCUUUCACCUCUCUAUCGCUUUUCAACUUGUUACAAACUCCUCUAGACCAGUUUGCCGAUAUGCUUUCCUUUGUUGUACAAUCUAAAGUUUCUUUGGACAGAGUUGAGGAAUUUUUGGAAGAACCUGAAACAACAAAGUAUGAUCAGCUUGUUUCCGAAAGAGAUGCAAACUCGCCAGAAGUUGGUUUUCAAAAUGCCACCUUCUCAUGGUCUCAUGGAGGCUCAAAUGAUUUCAAGUUGAGAGAUUUGAACAUUUCCUUCAAGAAAAAUAAGUUAAAUGUUGUCUUUGGCCCCACUGGCGCUGGUAAAACUUCAUUAUUACUAGCAUUGCUGGGUGAAAUGUCUUUACUUGAAGGUAAGGUUUUCCUUCCAGGUGCAAGUCCAAGAGAGGACCUUAUUGUCGAUUCCGAAACUGGUUUAACCGAAUCAGUGGCUUACUGUUCGCAAACCGCUUGGUUACUCAACGGAACCAUCAAAGAGAACAUUCUGUUUGCCACACCAUAUGAUGAAAAACGUUAUAAGGCAGCUAUUGAAGCUUGUGGUUUGAAGCGUGACUUUGAAAUUUUAGCAGCUGGUGACAACACUGAAAUCGGUGAAAAGGGUAUCACUUUAUCGGGUGGUCAAAAGCAACGUGUAUCUCUUGCAAGAUCCUUAUAUUCCAAUGCAGCUUACGUUUUGUUGGAUGACUGCUUGUCAGCUGUCGAUUCUCACACUGCUGUUCACAUUUAUGAAGAAUGUAUCACUGGUGACUUGAUGAAAGGUCGUACUUGUAUUUUGGUUUCUCAUAAUAUCCCUCUCACCAUCAAAGAAGCUGCGUUUGCUGUUAUUAUGGACAAUGGUAGAGUGAGAUUACAAGGUACCAUUGACGAAUUACUCAAAGCUAAUGCAUUCGAUGAUGAAACUACAGCUAGUGUCAUGCAAUCCCGUACUACCUCUUCCGCCGAUUUGACAGGUUUAGAUGAUAAUACCAAGAUUGACUCUUCUGGUAAAUUGAUUCAAGAGGAAACUAAAUCUGAAGGUUUUGUUUCAUGGGACGUGUAUUCGACAUACAUCCAUUUGUUUGGUAAUAAGUAUAUUUGGUCUGCACUUGCAUGUUUUUUCUUGGCCACCCAGUUGACAAAUAUCUACCAAUCGUAUUGGUUAAGAAACUGGUCAAUGGCUGAAAAUGACAGAUUUUCCAUCGAUGCGGCAUUUAUCUCAAACGUUCCUUCAAGAGUUUACUCUACUUCUAGACUUGCUUGGAAUAAUCUGGCCGGUGCACUCAAGUCUAUUGAAUGGCACAAGCCUAUAUUAAAGACUAAGUAUAACAAUUUUGACGUCGCAGAACUAACUGCAAUUCAUUCAACCAUGUACUAUCUUGCCAUCUAUUCAUUGAUUGGUCUUAUUUACUCCUUGUUUGGUGCUCUCAGAACUCUUGUUGUUUUCUUUGGUGGUUUAGGUGUUGCCAGCAGAAUGUUCCACAUUUUGUUAGACAAAGUUUUGGGAGCUCAAGUUAGAUUUUUUGACUCAACACCAAUUGGUCGUAUCAUGAAUAGAUUUUCGAAGGAUAUCGAAGGUAUUGAUCAAGAGUUGGCACCUUAUGCUGAAGCACUUGUUAUAUCGUUUUUGGGAUGUAUUACUACGGUCGUUUUGAUAACUGUGAUUACUCCCCUAUUUCUUGUUUUUGGUGUCAUUGUUUCUCUCUGUUUUGCUUAUGUUGGUGUUUUGUACCUAACUCUAUCAAGGGAGUUAAAACGUUUUGAAUCCAUUACAAGAUCCCCAAUCAACCAACAUUUCACUGAAACUUUGACUGGUGUCACAACAAUUAGAGCUUUUGGUGAUGAAAGAAGAUUUAUGGUCCAAAAUAUGCAGAAUAUUGAUACCAAUAAUAGACCAUUUUUCUUUGUUUGGGUCAACAACAGAUGGAUGUCUUUCAGGGCUAAUGUUGUCGGUUCAUUAGUUGUUGCUGUUUCUUCUGCCUUGUCUGUCAUUUAUGCAAAGCAUAUUGAUGCUGGUUUGGCUGGUAUUUCUUUAUCUUUUGCUGCAUCUUUUGCAAUGAGCGCCUUAUGGUUGCUACGUUGCUAUGCUGAUGUUGAGAUUAACAUCAAUGCAGUUGAAAGAGUUCAAGAGUAUAUCAAUGAUGUCAAAGAAGAAAGUGCGAGAGAGACUGAAAACGAUCCGCCUCCUUCUUGGCCGGAACAUGGUGAAAUUGACGUCAAAGGAUUGGCUUUAAGAUAUGCUGAAGACCUUCCUCUCGUCAUUAAAGGAAUAUCUUUCCAUGUCACACCGGGUGAAAAAGUUGGUGUGGUUGGUAGGACUGGUGCCGGAAAGUCCACUAUUAUUACUAGUUUCUUCAGAUUCAUUGAACCAGAUAAGGGUUCCAUUAUUAUUGAUGGUGUUGAUAUUGGUAAGAUUGGUUUGAAGGCUUUGAGAAAAGGUUUGGCCAUUAUUCCCCAAGAACCGACUCUAUUCACAGGAACGUUAAGAUCCAAUUUGGAUAUGUUCAAUGAAAGUAGAGAUAUUGACAUUUUCGAAUCCAUGAGACGUGUGGGAUUGAUUUCAAAGGAUGAAUUCAAUAGGCUAAGUUCUCUGCUCGAAAAUGGAGAAUCUUUGGAAGCAUUGCAUAAGCAAAAUAAAGACAAUCAGGAAAAUUUAAACAAGUUCCUUGACCUUGAGGCAGAAGUCACUGAAAAUGGUGGAAAUCUAUCACAGGGUGAGAGACAACUUAUCUGUUUAGCUAGAUCAUUAUUGAAGCAUCCAAAAAUUUUACUUUUGGAUGAAGCCACAGCUUCUAUUGAUUACGAAACUGAUUCAAAGAUUCAAACAACCAUUAGAGAAGAGUUUUCUACAAGUACAAUUUUAACAAUUGCCCAUCGUUUGAAGACGAUUAUUGACUAUGACAAGAUUUUGGUGUUGGACCACGGUAAUGUCAAAGAAUACGAUCAUCCAUACAAGCUAAUAACAAAGAAAGACUCUCAGUUUAAAUCCAUGUGUCAAGAUACUGGAGAAUUUGAAGAACUUUCUCGUUUAGCAAAAGAAGCUUACGAUGCAAAACACUGA